AUGAAGAUCCUCAUUUUCUUUUUUGUUACACUCUUCUUAGCAACAUGUCAUGGUAACAUUCUAAACCAUGAUCAUGGUUCAAAUAACCAAAUUUUCCCACUUCGAGUGAAAUCUGGCUCAGGUGGCCACUACAUUCCAAAAGUAUCAUGUGCUAGUUGGAGACUUGGUGUUGAAGCACACAAUAUCAUAAAUUGGAAAACUAUACCGCAAGAAUGUGAGAAAUAUAUUGGGAACUAUAUGUUAGGUGAUCAAUAUAGAGCUGACUCUAAAGCAGUUAACCGUGAAGGUUAUUUCUAUGCAAAGACUCUUAAUAUAACAACUGGUAAAGACAUAUGGGUUUUUGAUAUUGAUGAAACUUCCCUAUCAAAUCUUCCAUAUUAUGCUAAACACGGAUUUGGGUAUGAUUGUGAUCUUUUGUUUUCAUGCUCUAGCUUUGCUUCUUCUUUAUUAGAUCACUACAACAAAUAUGAUCUAAUACAACACCACGAUUAA